AUGGCUGCGACGCCGGCGUUAAAGUUUGUCCGCUCUGUCUGGACAUCGUUCCUUGAAUCGAGUGGACUAGAACCACGACUCCUCCAAAACCUAAAACUAACCCACGCCGAACCCGGCAAAGUCUCUUUCGAGCUUGCCGUCGAAAAACAGCACACCAAUAGGCUCGGAAUCCUCCACGGCGGGACUAUCGCGUCGAUGGUUGACCUGGGCGGCUCACUGGCCGUGGCGUCGAAGGGGCUGUAUUCGACGGGGGUGAGUACGGAUAUUAAUGUAACGUAUCUGGCGUCCGGAGGGCCCGUGGGGAAUAAAGUGAGGGCGGAGGUGACGUGUGAUAAAUUCGGCAAGACGUUGGCGUUCACGAGUGUCAAGUUCUGGAACGAGAAGGACGAGGUGUUUGCGAGGGGGAGUCACACAAAGUAUGUGAAGCUUGCAUGGGAGGAUAAGAACAAUAUUGUGGGCCAGCUGUCGCCGGAGUUUGUAAAGAAGUGA